CCACCUCCCCUUGCUUCGCAUCGCCCCCUCUGGAAGGUGCCAGAGUCCUGGGCAACCUGGAAUUGCGGGGUCCAGAGCUCCAGGCCUCACCACACUCGUGUCCCCUCCCAGGACCCAGAGUAGCCUGGAAGGAGUAGCCUCUUGUCUUCAGGGCGCAAUCUGGAUGGUCAGGGGAUGGCUGGGCAGGAGCUGGCCCUGUCCUCAGCAGGCUGACCGUGCUCUUCCCCAGGCCUAUGGCAUUGUGUGGAAGGCAGUGGAUCGGAAGACUGGUGAGGUCGUGGCCAUCAAGAAAAUCUUUGAUGCCUUCAGGGAUAAGACGGAUGCCCAGAGAACGUUCCGGGAAAUCAUGCUCCUCCAGGAGUUUGGGGACCAUCCCAACAUCAUCCGCCUCCUUGAUGUGAUCCGGGCAGAGAAUGACAGGGACAUUUACCUGGUGUUUGAGUCUAUGGACACUGACCUCAACGCUGUCAUCCGAAAGGGUGGACUGCUGCAGGACGUCCACAAGCGCUACAUCUUCUACCAGCUCCUGCGGGCCACCAAGUUCAUCCACUCAGGGCACGUCAUCCAUCGGGACCAGAAGCCGUCCAACGUUCUCCUGGAUGCCAGCUGCUUGGUGAAGCUCUGCGACUUUGGCCUGGCCCGCUCCCUGAGCAACCUCCCUGAGGGACCUGAGGGCCAGGCCCUGACAGAGUACGUGGCCACACGCUGGUACCGAGCUCCAGAGGUGCUACUGUCCUCGCGCUGGUACACCCCCAGGGUGGACAUGUGGAGUCUGGGCUGUAUCCUGGGGGAGAUGCUGCGAGGGAGGCCCCUGUUCCCGGGCACGUCCACACUUCACCAGCUGGAGCUGAUCCUGGAGACCAUCCCUCUGCCAUCCGAGGAGGACCUACUAGCCCUCGGCUCAGGCUACAGCGCCUCCAUUCUGCAUCGCCUGGGGUCCCAGCUGCCCUGCAGGCCAAAGCAGACGCUGGACGCCCUCCUGCCGCCAGACACCCCCCCAGAGGCCCUGGACCUCCUCAGGCGACUCCUGGUGUUUGCCCCGGACAAGCGGCUUAGUGCGGCGCAGGCACUGCAGCACCCCUACGUGCGGAGGUUCCACGGCCCCGACCGCGAGUGGACACGGGAGGCGGAUGUGCGGCUCCCAGUGCAUGAAGGAGUCCAGCUCUCUGCACCCGAGUAUCGCAGCCUCCUCUACCAGAUGAUCCUGGAGCGCAGGGCCACCGGCCGAGUCCCAAGAGAGGAGGGCCUGGAGGGCGCCUCCCAGGGGACAGAGCCCAAAGCCUUUCGGCCCCGGGCGCACCCACUCAAGACAAGAGUGGUCCACCAGCUCCCCUCGGGGAUGCCUGCAUGGAACCCUGGACCAAGGCCUCAGAGUAGCCCUGGACACGACCCAGAGCAGGACGCUGAGCAUGAAGCCCCCAGUGCAGCCAAGAACAUUCCUGGACAGAACUCUGCCUCCCCGCUCCAACCUCUGCCCCCAGGGAGGCUGGAAAGGCCCCCUGGGGUGACGGCGGAGUUCCCCCUGGCACGCUCAUGGGUACACCCAAGCGGGAGAGGGGCGGUGCCCUCCUUGACCUCACAGGUGGCAGCCCAGGUGGCCCACCAGGCCCUGAUCCGCGGUGGCCGUAACCGGGACAGUGGGGUGAAGGCUGACGGAGCACGACGGGCUCCUGCCCAGCUUCCCCAGGACGCCCAGCCCAAGCCCCGGCCAGGCCGGAGGAUGUUCAGCACCUCAGUCUCGCAGGGGGCCCUGGGGGCCACCAGGGCUGCGCUGGGAGGCUACUCCCAAGCCUAUGGUACCAUCUGCCACUCGGCACUGGGCCACCUGCCCCUGCUCCCAAGACCCUGAGCGUGAGCCACCCUACCCCCCUUCAGCCCAGCUUCACCCCAAUUCCAGCCCCUGCCCCUCAACUCGCUGCCCCUCCCUCAGUCCCCAGCCCCGUUGUCUCUUCCCCAGACCCCAGCGUGCCUCAGCCCUCCUCCCCUGUGCCUGACCACGUUCAUGCUCCAGAAGACUUGUCUGGGCCUCUCUGGGGUGCAGAUGAG